CUUAAUACAAGCAUAAAGCAGUGUUAUUAGAGUUCAGGUGAAGAUGGAAGAAUUAGGAUGAGCAGAAAGUCUAUAUAACAAAAACCACGUCACAGACUCACAUACAAACCCUCGCAAUACAGACUGCCAGGAUAUAGAGUAAUGGCGAGGGACAGUUGUCUGGCUCGCGUCACCGCCGGUGUUGCCGUUGGCGGCGCCGUUGGAGGGGCUGUUGGUGCUGUAUAUGGGACUUAUGAGGCUAUUAGGUAUAAGGUACCUGGACUUCUGAAGAUCAGGUACAUUGGACAAACUACUCUGGGGAGUGCUGCUGUUUUUGGUCUAUUCCUGGGUGCUGGGAGCCUGAUACACUGUGGGAAGUCUUAUUAAGCUUUAUUCAGUUGACCAAAUAAAUAAAUUUUGUUUUCCUUACAAGAACCAAUUAGUUAAAGAAAUACAUGUUUUUAGACUCUGAAUGAAAUGGCUUUGAUAUGAUCAGAUAUUUUUUCUGAUGUGAA